UCUGAAGAUGCGACCAGUUCUACAGAUUAAAUCCGUUGGGAUGUGGACUCACAGAAAAGGUACUAGUAGCCAUAUAAUCAGAGGUAAUGUAGGGUAUGUAGAGCAGGCCAGUAUCCGUGGGUAGUAUAUACAUAUUUACCGAGAUAGAGGCGAAAAUAUGGACCUCCUCGGCUCCAGCAUUCUCGGCCGGAAGGGGAUGGAAGCUUGGCUACUCCGUAUGGGGUAAGCGGAUCGGCAACCUCCGGGGCGACCAAGCUAGUAGGCAUGUUUUGCACUUCCGAUGUGCAACUCUUCAACCUGGUGAUGCAGCAUAAUCAACAUUUGCACUUCAAAUCAGAUACCUCUGCACGGCACCAAUGGCUCGACUAUCAGGCCUCCAAAGGGAGGUGCUGUCUCUCUACCGGAAAUGCUUGAGGGAGACCCGGAAGAAACCUAUCGAGAUGAGGGAGAAUUUUAGAGGAUAUGCUAGAGCGGAAUUUCGGAAGCAUGCCUCUGUUAGCAAAAAAGACUUCAGUGCGGUAGAGUAUUUACUACGGAAAGGGCAGAGGCAGCUCGAGAUGUACUCAUCCCCGGGUAUCCGCAACAUUCGGUGAUCGCGAAGUCCUGUUCCCACCAAGCAAGCUUAGAACCUCAAACCACUAUCUCUCGUUCGGAUGUAGGUGAAUGCCGGGGAAAUGAGAUGCAACAUGAUCCUGCGGUCUCUUGAACUAGCUCUGAGGUUCAUUAGCUGGGAAGAAAGUUCGAUUAUCAUGUGAUCAUAGAAGGUUCGCGCGGGUUCGCGUAGCCGCUUAUCUUAUCAGUGCCGACAAUCGAAAGCUCCAGAGG